AUGGGCAAAUGGCAUUAUGGCGUCGUCCUGGAUGCAGGAUCGUCUGGGACUCGUGCGCAUGUUUAUCGCUGGCUAAACAACGAUGCUGCGCGGAAGGAGUCUAAUGCGAAGCAUCUAAAAUCGUUGCCAGUGAUCAAAAUGAAAUCUCACUGGACGAAAAAGAUCCACCCAGGAGUGUCUUCGUUUGCCAAUCGACCUGAAGAAGUUGGACCUCAACACCUCGCAGAACUCCUGGAACAUGCGCGCGAAAUUGUGCCAGACGAGGCUAUCAAAGAGACCCCGAUCUUUCUCCUCGCAACUGCCGGAAUGCGACUACUUGGUGACGUGGAACGAAAAUUGUUAUUAGAUCAGAUCUGCUCCUACGCUCACGCAAAUUACGAUUUUUUGUUGCCCGACUGCAAUGUUCACAUUCAAGUGAUUCCAGGGGUAACUGAAGGUCUGUAUGGCUGGGUUGCGACUAACUACCUGUUGGGAAGUUUCGAUGCCCCUGAAAAGCACGAUCAUGGAAAGGGUCACCAUACAUAUGGUUUCUUGGACAUGGGAGGCGCAUCGGCGCAGAUUGCAUUCGCUCCCAAUGCCACCGAAGCCAAGAAACACGCGAAUGAUUUGACGCUGCUGCGCCUGCGCAAUGUUGAUGGGUCGACCCAGGAGCACAGGGUUUUUGUUACGUCUUGGCUUGAGUUUGGAGUUCACCAGGCUCGACGACGCUACCUCGAAUCCAUCCAAGCAGCUAGUGGGGUCGAUACUAUUAAGGAACUCCCCGAUCCUUGUCUUCCGGCUGGGCUUCGAACCACUCUCGAUGGCCAGCCUCUCGCGGCAGGAGACUCGAACAGCAAGUACCUGCUGGGGACCGGGAAAUUUGAAGAAUGCCUUCGACAAACAUAUCCAUUGCUAGACAAGGAUGCACCCUGCCUGGACCAACCUUGCCUCCUACACGGAAUACAUGUGCCUGCCAUUGACUUUGACGUGAACCAUUUUAUCGGUAUUAGUGAAUACUGGCAUACGACUCAUGACAUCUUUGAAAUGGGACAUAAAGACAAAUCUUACGACUUCAACACGUACCAGGAUCGUGUGCUGGCGUUCUGCUCCCAAGACUGGGACACGAUAGAAAGUGGCAUACGUCAACAUAAGUGGGGAAAGAAACUUGAUUUGGAUAAAGCCCAUGCACUUUGCUUCAAGGCUUCCUGGAUCAUCAAUGUGCUACACGAUGGUAUUGGUAUCCCUCGCGUGGGGCUGGAGGAUACGACGGGAUCUGGUCACAACGGGACCGAGGAGGUGCUUACUCAUGUUGAGAACAAGGGCUACCUUGAUCCUUUUCAAGCCGUGAAUAAGAUAGACUCCACCGAAGUUAGCUGGACCUUGGGGAAGAUUGUUCUCUACGCAUCUUCCCAAGUUCCUGUUGAAGUGGAGGAAGUCCUCCCUGUUGGAUUUGGCAGCAAUGUUGCUGGUGUUCCGAAUGAUUUCCAGUAUCCCAGCGCCGAGCUUUUACCAGGCCCUCAGGGGCCUCAUACUAGCUCCUGGCAUGAUGCCAUCUUCAAUGAACAUUCUUCCAGCAGAGCCCCAGGGUUCGUUUUGUUCUUGCUUAUUAUCGCCAUGGCAGCAUUUUUCCUCUGUGGGCGAAACCGCCGCGUGCGUGUCUACCAUAAAAUUAGCAGUUGCUUCCGCGGGGGCGGACCGUCACACCCGAACCAUCCUAAGAGGCGGAAGCUUUUUGGUGGCAAGUUGCCUUUCUUUGGCUCAAGGAGCCCUUCAUAUGAGCGUGUUCUGGAAGACGGUGCCCAUGAGUUUGAUCUAGGUUUCCCGCAUUCUGGUCGAAGCUCUCUGGACGACAGCCGUUCUUCUGAUGCUGGUUCUGCUAGUUUCAUGCCACCAAAACGAGCAGCAAGUUGGGGCAGUAGCACGCCUAACCUGAAGUUUGGUCUAGACAAUUCUUCAUCCGGGACCAUCGGGCUGGGGAUUAUCGCCGGCUCCGGUGUGACUGCGAUGGACCGUGCCGGUCUGGUUGUAAGGACUGAAAGCCGGGAUCACCUAGCGCCGAUAGCAUUAGGGCCUACAACAAACGGACGGCGCUCAAGGGCUGGCAGUCCAUCUAGGUCCCAUCCGCAUAGGUCGCCUAUCACGACCCCACUGACACAAGAUUAA